AUGACUACUCUGAGUCCUUCUGAAGGAAAGGCGCAAAUACGUGCCCUCCUAAACCUGAUCAACACUUCUGCGGAGCAGGCCAUCGCUGAAUACGAUAAACAAGGAUGCGACAUUCCGUCUCUGACCAGCGGCAAGGCUCAUCCUAUGGAUGAUCGACUCCCGUCUCUAGAACUCAAGAACACCCUCCGUAUACUUGAGGGUGCAUGCGCGCAGCUCUGCGUGACGCUGGCCCCACCCGCACACACGAUGCUGAACUAUAGCAUGGACGUUCUUGUACCUUCUUGCAUCAGCACUGUUAUCCAAGCGGGCAUUGCGCCCCUCUUGGCCAAGCAUCCCAAGGGCCUUCAUAUCGAUGUCCUCUCGAAGGAAACUGGUAUCCACCCUCAAAAGCUCGCCACAAUACUGCGUCUCCUAAUCCUCAACUACUGCUUCCAGGAAGUGGAAUCAAACGUCUUCGCGAACAAUCGUCUUUCCUUGACGCUGUUACCGGAGACGUCUGUUGUCGAUAUUCUUGACCUGAAGACUGGUGAAAUGCAUCGCAAGGCAACAUUGUGGGUGUACGAUGCACUCGUCGAUCCCGACUUUGGACCGACGUACGACGGGAACAAGUCCCCCCUCGUGUACGCAUUGAGGAGAGAAGGCUUCGAUGGCUCGCUUUAUGACUACCUUCAAACACAACGCUUCGCCCGGGCAAUGCUCGGAUUUUCGGUAUCAAGAGGUUUGAUGAACCUGCUUAACGUCUUCCCAUGGCAGGAACUUGCACCGGGAAGCACUGUAUGCGACUUGGGCGGUGGAAACGGCAACACUUCAAUAGAGAUAGCGAAGAAAUUCCCACAUCUCAAAGUCCACUUGCAGGAUCUCCCUGAUACUAUCGAAGAAGCAAAGGUGUUCUGGAAAGAGGAAUAUCCUGAUGCUAUCAAGGACAGCCGAGUCGCAUUUACGCCCAUAGACUUCUUCAAGCAAGCGCCUGUCCCUGACCAAGACAUCUACUAUAUCAGCCAAAUUGUGCACAACUGGGGAGACGAAGACUGCAUCACACUAUUGAAAAACAUUCGCAGUGCCAUGUCCCCAAAGAGUCGCCUACUUAUCAAUGAUUACCUUGCCUCACAUCUCGAUGAGACUUCUAUCGCCAACCAACACCCUUCUCUCCCAAGAGCGCCAUACCCGCUGAGCCCUGGAUUCGGCCGUGGUAUGGCUCGAACAUACACUGGCGACUACACUAUGCUUGUCGUAUGCAACUCAAGAGAACGGUCUCUCGAGGAUUUCAUCGAACUCUGCUCUGCUGCUGAUCUGAAGUUCGUCAGAGUGUGGGAUUUGGCCGAAACUAGUGUCACAGAAUUCGUACCAGCGUAA